AUGGAUGUCUGCUGCGGCGGGAAGCUGCGGGACUUGCGGUACCGAUACAUGGCGAGCCGCCUGAGGAUCUCCGAGAGCCUGGAGCGAGACGAACAAAUGGAAAAAAAACUAAGUAUGAAUAUGAAGAUAAAAAGUUUAGAAUAUGUUCUGACUGAUAUGCAGAAGUUUAAAGGGACAGAAGAAAUGAAACGAUAUAGCACCUUCGACAGAAGAAUUUCCUUUUUAAAAAGAAACAGUAAAAUAAACAAAACAAAUUACAAAUCUGGUCUAACAAUAUUGGAAAAGAGACUCUUGGCAGUGGACUGUGAAUUGAUUAAAGUUGUAGGAGAUGGCAACUGUCUCUUUCGAUCCAUUUCUUAUAAUUUAUUCAAUGAUCAAAAAUAUCAUAUGUAUGUACGGAAAAGGUGUGUGGAACAUAUGUUGAAUUGUAAGGAUGAAUUUUCCAUUUAUUUUGAAGAGGGAACUUUUUACGAGUACACAGAAAAGAUGUCUCGGGAUGGCUACUGGGGGGACGAGUUGUGUAUCAAGGCCACAGCUGAUGCCUUCGAUUGCGUUGUUUAUAUUAUCACGUCCACUGAGGACAACUGGCAUUUGAAAUACGAGCCCAAGCAUCGCACCGAGGGGGAGUACAAGAAGUGCGUAUUUCUGGCCUACACCAGCCCCGUGCACUACGACUCCUUUAGACUCACUCGGCCGUGA